GAUAACACGGAUUAAAUCAUGAAAACUACAGAUAUUUUUAUGAAGCCCUAAAUUCAACUCCAAGUGGAUUGGAGCUAUUUUUCUUUUUUUAAUUGCGCUUAGAUCUUUUUUUUCUGUUUUCCGGCAAACGCCCGAACGUUACCAUGACAACAUAAACAGCUAUUUCUGUACAUAAAGGCGUCAGGAUGAUUGAAUUAGACGAUUCUCUCUUGAAAUACGACGAUCCCGUUUUGGUUAAGAGGACAGCCUCAAGCUCAACCAAAGGUCGCCAUUUAAGACUGAGCCCUCAGCAGUCUAUUGACUCUGCUCCAACUCCACCACCACCCAGAUCAACAUCCACCUCAUUCCAGGCCAAGCAGGAAAACGGCAUCCUGAUCACCUUUCCACCAAGGAAAUGGGACAAUGGGAAUCAGCUGUGGGUGCAGCAGGUAUCCAGGGCUCCCUCUGGCAGGGCAGAUGUUCAGCAGCUGGUGAAACUUCUGGACACAAAGCUGCAGCAAAGACAAGCCAAACCCACGGGAAUCUGUCCUCUUCGCAGAGAGCUUUAUUCUCAGUGUUUUGAUGAAGUCAUCAGACAGGUAGACAACAACUGUGCUGCGAGGGCUCUGCUGCUGGCAGAAGUUAGAUAUGAGAUGAAUAGGAUUAUUGCCAUCUACAAGGUGCAGUACGAGGACGGCCUUGCUUUUGGGAUAAGGAAGGCUCUGCAGGCUGAGGAUGAAGAAAACGAUAUGGAACAAAGAAUUUCAGAGCUGGAGGAGGAGAUCGAGACCCGGAGAAAGCUACUUAACAAAGAAAAAGCUCAUAAUGAUGAAAAUAAACAGAGACAGGCUGAUGAGACACGAGUGGAACAACAGAACCUCAGUGAAGAGAUCCAGUGUUUGAAGGAGAUCCAUCAACAAUACCAGGCGCUGCUGGAAAGUCUACUGACACCAAAGUGAAAACUGGAGGCAUCGUGUCUGUUUUACCAGCUCCUAUAAAAAAAGCUACCCCCCACCCCCCCACCCAUUUCAUCAUCAAUACAAG